UUAUCAGGUGUACUGGUUAGUUGGUUUUGUUGGGGUUGUCAUUAUGUAUAAAUAAAUUUUCCCUGUAUUGUUACUUUUUCAUAAAGCUCCAUUAAUAUAUUAUUUGAGACAUCGAAAAUAUACUUAAAAAUUAUUUUUUAUACCCUUGCAAAAAGGGUAAAUGUUGUACUGGCCAACAACCACGUCAGUUGGUGAGGUGAAACUGAAAAAUAUUUUGCACUUACCAGGGUUGGAGACGAAGUCGAGCAGUCGAUAGGCGAUGCACUGUGACUUUCGACAAAUAUUCUACGACGGUUCGCCAAGACGGCGAGAUGGUACUAACAGCAGAGAGACAAGGAAAGCUCUUUGUGUUUAAGGAGACAGGCAAUCGAUGCUUUGGAGCGAGACAGAUAAGUGCAGAUGAUUGGCAAUAUACGUAUGGUCAUUUCAAGUAUUCAAGUCUAAUGAAUAUUGUUAAACGCAGGAUGGUGAAUGGCAUGGAAAAUGUGGAUUUCUCUGAGAAGAUGCCAUGUGUGACUUGUAUGAGAAGCAAGAUUCAUACUCAACCUUUCCCUGAACAUAGAGCUGAGCAUCUUGUGGAAUUGGUACAUACCGAUGUAUGUGGGCCUUUUCAGAAACGGACUGGAAGGAAACCCAAUGUGAAGGGUUUGCGCAUUUUUCGAUCAAUAGCAGUCGCAUUAGAUAAGAGACGACGAAGCAAGUUUCAGGCCAAGGGCAUAGAAAAUCGGCUCGUCGGAUAUUCACUGGCAUCAAAACCAUGUAUGACAAAGAAAAGCGAAAGGUACUGCACAAAGAAGGAAGGAAGAAUCAAGUAAAGAUGAUGUGAAAAGUGAGGAAUUCGUUAGCGCUGACGCUUUAAAGCAGAGCGAUGAUGAAGCUGGCCAAGUGGAAGAACAAGAACCGGAACAAGAGAUACGGCAGGAAGGACAGAUCGGUCCUGGAAGGCCACGAUUGAUACGUACCGGCAAGCCAUCACGUCCUAAGAAAAUGUAUAAUCGUGUAAACAAGUUACAUGUGAAACUUGAAAUGCCAAGUUGAAUGCAGCGCUAUGUGAUCUUGGAUUCACUUCUUGCAAGAACGAGCCGUGCCUUUAUAAGCAAGAUAUAAAAGGUAGACUUUGUUUGGUACUAAUAUAUGUAGAUGAUCUACUUAUAGCUUGCCAAAAGAUGGAUGACAUGAUCGCAAUCAAGGCAAAGAUUGCGAUGAAAUUCGAAUGCGUCGAUAAGGGUCCGUUACGAGAGUUUUUGGGCAUGCAAGUAGACCGAAAUUAUGAUACAGGCAGUAUCGUGAUGAAUCAGGCUCAGUACAUAAAAGGCAUGCUUCAAAGACAUAGUAUGGAAGUGUGUCGAGCAGUUGCUACUCCAUUGGAUGCUAGUUACCAAGUGGCGUGCAGUGACGAGAAAUGUGUCAUACAGGAUGUGACAAUGUAUCAGUCAGCAAUCGGAGAGUUGAUGUGGCUUGCAUUAACAUCAAGACCUGAUAUCUACCGUUCAGUUAUCAAAUUAGCGCAAAGGAAUAAGGAACCUCACAGUGAACAUGUUGCAGCAGUUAAGCAUGUUAUGAGGUAUUUGGCGGCAACGAAGGAUCUUAAGUUGCACUACCGAUCGUGUGGAGAUGCUCUUACGGGAUACGCUGACGCAGAUUGGGGCGGUGAUGUGAGCAACCGCAAAUCGUACACAGGGUACGUGUUUUUCUUGGCAGGUGGCCCUAUUUCCUGAAAGUCAGAAAAACAAUGCAGUGUGGCGUUGAGCAGCACAGAGGCCGAAUACAUGGCUAUGUCUUCAGCGGCGAAAGAGGCUUUGCAUUUGAGGCGAUUGUUGAUCGAGAUUGGAUGAGGAGACGCUGGGACAUCUACGAAAUUGUUUGGAGAAAAUUUGAGUGCUCAAUCUCUGGCAAAGAAACCUGUGUUUCAUGCUCGAUCGAAACACAUUGACAUCAGACAUCAUUUCGUUCGUGAAGUCGUUACAAGUGGCGAGAUUGAUCUGGACUAUAUAUCUACUAAUGACAUGGUAACUAAUUUAUAUGUAUUAGCUAAAAAUUUGUCUAAGCAAAAGCAUAAUCAUUGUGUCAACUUUUUGAAUUUAUACUAAGAAAAACAUUGUAGUUGGCACACAGAAUCAUAUUGAGAAAGGGUGUUGAAAAUAUAAUAU